GAGAGAGAGAGAGAGAGAGAGAGAGAGAGAGAGAGAGAGAGAGAGAGAGACAGACCCGUAAUGACUGUUACUACUCUCAGUGUAAAUCAGUUUCACAGCGCGCGCGCACGCAGCUCUGUGGCUGGAGACCGUGGACUGGGAAUUUAAACCGGACACCCGGUUUUCUGUCAGUGUGACAAUUCCAACACCGUUAUUUCUUCAGUCGGGUUGUUUUAAUUCGUUUUGGAAUAUGAUUAUACGGUAGUCGGAGAGCUUUCUGGAAGUUAGUUGUCCAGCGGAUUUAGUGUUUGUGGCACUUUUUUCGGCGGGGACAUGGAGCUGGUGGGUCGGCGCUUCCUGUGCGUGAGCGCCGGAGAGGAGCGCGAGCUGGGCGGCGUGACGCGCUGGGGCUGGAGAGCAGGACUCAUCCGCGCUGUCACGAGCCGCCACACUGACAGCCCCACUUUAGCUGUGUGUGUGGAGUGGGACGGCGAGCCAUCAGCAGAGUGUAAAUGGAGGAGGCUAAGGGAGGAGUGGGAGGUGUUUGUGCUUGAGCAUGAGUUGGUAUGGGCCAAGCGGAACAGCACCUCACAGGAGAACAGCUCUCCACAGCCUGCACUGGUUUUCCAGCCCCUGAUUGGACAGGCACAUUUGGACGGGGUGGUAGUGGUGGAGUAUCUGUCAGAUAGAAAGCUGGAGUUCUACACAGAAAGAGAAGAGCUUCGUCCGUACGAGGGGGAAGCGGAUGGCGACAAAUCACCACUCAGAGAAGAUCUUUCAAGUCAUAUCCAGGCUUGGCUCAGACAUCGUCAGCUCCAGCACAUUCUUCAGCUAGGACACAGCAGUGUGAAGGGCCUCAGGGUAAAGGUGUUCAGACCCGAUUCCAAACCUCAGUGGAUCCAUGGUAUUGUUAGCCAUCAUGAUCACAGCAGAACCAUGACUGUUGUGAGCGACCAGGUAGCAGAAACUCUAAGUGUCGACCCAGCACUCACGCAUGUGCUGGUUCUGGACGACAUUAGCCAGUUGUUAUUAGUGGAAGACAAUGCAGCAAAAAAUUGUAAACCUCACACUAACAAGAUCAGCAGCAUCACCGUGAAUGCAGGAAACGGGCCAAAAAACAAUACAGGAACAGACCAGGUGUGUAGCGCAGGGCCAGUGCAGAGGAAACAGCCAGAGCUGUGCAGAGAGAACACCAACUGCAGCCUGACAGAGGACGACACAGACAGGAUGAGGGAGGAGAACAGUGCUGAUGAAGCAAGAGCAGAUUCCUCAAAGAGCAGGAUCAACUGUGGUGAGAGAAAGAAGAGGAAAGCAGGGGACACGGAAAAGCAGGAUGAUAAAGACAGUAGAAGUGCUGGGUUAAAGAGGCCGAAGGGUAACUUUGGAUCUGACCAGUCAGAGUGCAGUGAUUCGGAGAGUGACAUUAUGGAUACAAAAAUCCUCGAGAGAAAUUGUUCAAAGAAACCAGGUGAUUGCAAAACAGUCAACAAUCCUGCAGCACAUUUAGGACUUGACAGGAAGGCUCACUCGUCUCCCAAAAGCAUAGAACGUUCUUCUUGUCAGUUAGCAGAGAUUGAAUGCCAGAAAGGAGGGAAAGUCAUGCCCUUGCAGGGUCAUUUAUCCAGCACACCCUGCAAUGGAGUGUACCAAACAAUCAAUUCACUACCCUCCACCAUGGGUCUGGGCUGUAAUAAAGCAGAGAUGGAACACGGAGAUGGAGUGAUGGAGAUGAAGGACCAGAGUGAAGGUGCAUCACAAGAGGACUGUGAAGCUGUCUCUGCACUAUUGGCAUCCCAAGAGAAUGAGCAAAUGGUUUCAUUGGAGACAGCUUGUGUGUUAUUACACACGUCACCACCAGUGUGUGAGGGGGUUGAUGGUGAACAGGAGAUUCCACCAGGUGAACCAGCAGUCAAGAUGUCCAAUUUGACAUGCCCAGAGGUCAUUACAUCCAGCUGUGACUCAGCAGAUGCGGCAGAAUUAAAGUCAAGUCAGUGUCCUGAAGCUACUAGUCCGAGAAACGAUGCUGCUCUUGCUUCAGAAAUUACCCAAAAGACAACUGUACUUCUAAGUUCUUGCUCCUCUCUUGAGGUGAUUUCCAAGCCACCAGAGGUUACAGAGGUUUCCAGGCUGAAGUGCAAUGUCUCUCCUCAAGAUAUCAAAAUUGAAGAGAGCAGUUUGCACUCAAAAGUCAUCACAGAUAAAGUUCUUAGUGGCUUUAAAAGCACACAUGGUUCCAAAGUGACCCCUACACCAACACUUCAUCAGCAUAAUACCUCCUCUCCUAGCACAACAGACACAAAGAUUCAGUCAAGGACCUCCCCUCAAAAUGUUGCUCAUAAUCUUAAUCACACACCUACCCCAGACAAAUUAACAAAAAGCUCACUGAUCGUUGAUAGAAAUGAGCCUUUCACGGUCUAUCGAGACCCAGCACUUGUGAGGAGAGAACUGGAGAGCCUCUCUACCUAUGUCCAACCCCCACACACCCCGCCUAGUCUCCAUUCAAAACACCAUCUGAAGAGCUCAUCUCCCUCCUCCAGCCCCCCCAGCCUCACAUGCACCACCUCACACACGAUCCUGAGUCCCGCUGCACACCUCUCACCUCUUCCCCUACCUUCCCAGUCUCCUUUAUGCUCUGCUCACCCAUCCAUUCCCCACCCUCACCUGCUUCCAUCUCUCCUGCCCGGUUUGCCCCCAUCCUCAGCACUCCUGGCUGGACAUGGUCGGCUGGGACCUCUGGGUCUCCCCCCCCACCCAUUAGCCCUACAGGGAACACCAUCUCUCCUAGGCCAGGGCCCAGGAACAGCUUCCCUGGCACCAAUGGGUCUGUACCCAGUCCUCUGGCCCCCUUUUCCUAAUGGAGUGCAUAGCUAUGGUCUGGGAAUACCAGGGUCCAAGUGGACACCAUCAGAGACUGCAGGAAUUUCUGAGAUUAGCCUGAGGAGGAAUACACCAAGCCCUUGGGUCCCUCAGACCUCUCCUGUAACCAUUGCAGAAAGUCAGGGUUUACGACCCCCAUUGCCUGUACGGCCCUCAAGCGCUGAACCUCAGAGACCAUCCAGGAGCUCCCAGCCCAGCAUCCAUAGCUCUAAAAGCACAGAGGAACAAAAGAGGACUGCAUUUACAGAAACACAAAGCCCCACUGAUGUGCUACUGAAGCCUGAACAGGAGUGUGUGAGGGCAGUAGUGAGAAAGAAUGGACACACGUCCCACACCACAGUCACCGAGUCACCUUCUGCACACUCCAAACAGCCUCAGUUGGUAUAUGACCUCACAGGUGACCGCACCAGCUGCUACCAGGAGGAGAAUCGGCGCAUACUACAGGAGAGUAUUGAAGUAGCACCCUUCACUGCUAAACUCAGCUCAGACAGAGAACCCUAUCCUAAAAGCCCCACUCCUUCACUACAUUUCAAAGAGAAAGAGAAAGAGCGACACCGUGAGAGAGAGAUGCACGUGUUCAGACAGAGCAUGCCUCCCAGGUUGCAAUCGGCACAGCCUUCACCAACACUCACUCAGAGUAGUUACUACAUUCCAGCCGCUGGCAGUGUGGAGAACAAGGCUUCUGCCCGCAGAGCUCCACCCAGCAAGGAGCUGUAUGAGAGACUGAGUUCCCCCAAUACUACUUCCUCUGUCCUCUCUUCAAAUAGUACACAGAGCACAAUGAAGGGUAGACCUCCACCUCUUGUCAAACGCAACAUUGAGAGAGAGGAAGGUCUCCUGGGCAAGAUUACAGAGCAGGUGAUCUCAAAAUCUAUCUCACUGGACCCACUGGAUGUCAGUAACAUGGAGAGAAAAGGCUCCUCUGCCUCACUUAUUUCUGUCUCUUCUUCUUCCUAUUCUUCUUCUCGUGUUGUACACUCACUGCACAGGGCCCCCAUCUUCCACCCCCCAGCUUUACCCACUGUGACAUCUAAAGAGUCAGGGCAAGGUAGGUUGUCACCACCUACCCUGACACCUGUCCAGCCAAUGAGCUUAUUUGGAAAGGGUCAAAAUCAACACAGGCCACCCACACUGAUGCCCGAGCUCAGACACGGGGCGGUUGCUGGAAAGAAAGCAGCUCCUAUAACCAUUGCACAAAAAAGUUAUGAUUUGCAGAGGGGUGGAGGUUUGCACAACCGAGAAAGAAAGGUAGGAGGUCAUACAACCAAUGGAGGAUUGGUGAAUACACAGGUCGCCACUGCUUCUGUUAUUGUUCGUUCUUCUGGGUACAUGGACACAUCUGUGAACCACAAUAUUACUGAAAGAUCACAUUCCCAAUUUCAUUGUGACCAUGUGCGAACAUUUGAAGCUUUGCCAAGCACACACUCAAAGGAUGGAAAUGGUCAGUGUAAGAGGGGCAUCCUCUGGACCCCUGUAGACACCAUACACCCUGCUAACAUGGUCGCAUUGAAACAGGACCAUAGCACACCUUUGAACAUGACUAAAAAUAUGAGUACGCAUUUUUCAAAUCGUGGAGUAAAAUAUUCUGUAAAUAUGCAGUCACCACACUCAAGAAUAGAUUUGGUAUCUGGUCAGAGUGAAAAGGAGAAGGAGGAAAUUAGUAGAGUUGUUCAGCCUAAGAUGAAUCUCCCCUGUUUCCCCCUUAGAGACGUCCCCCAUGUAAAGAAACGCAGAGCUGGACUAGCUGCUUUAGAGCCAAUGCAAAAUAUGCUUGCAGUCCAGCCAUUGCACACUACAGAGACUUUCAAUGCUACCAAGAGUAGACACAGUUGCACUACACACAGUACACAUAACAAAUGCACUGCACACACUCUGGACCAACAUAAAGAGUCUAUAGUCCAUCCUAACACACCCAAAUAUCCCAGGUUAGCCCCUGAGGUCACUGGAGUUGUAGCUAACAAACCAAGUUCAGUGGCAAAAGUUCAGCCACUGUCACUUUCAGUCCCUUCUAUCCAACCUGCCCAGUCUAAUAAUUACCACAAACUUAAAAAAGCUUGGCUUACUCGUCACUCUGAGCAGUACAAAGGCAGUGCCACCCCAGAGACAGCAGGGGGCAGUACCACACUAACCACCACAACCACUGUCUCUUUAUCAAUCAAACAGGAGGUGAAUGGACUGGAGCGAAAAUGGCCCACACAAGAGGGCAAAGAACAUUUUCUGGAUAGAAAAACUAGAACUCUAGACAGGAAGCCUAAUGGAAGCAAUGCUUUGUCUAAUACAGAUGAUAAAAAAACACCUCUCACCGGAGAUAAUAAAAUUACUUCAGAAAACAUGAAGCCCACCAUGGACAGAAAUAGCAUCUUGCAUGGUAAGAAGACUAAUAUUCAGAAUAAGAAACUAUGCAUUAAUAUAAGGAAGCCAAACCCAACAGACUUAAAGCUAGAGAAGGAUCUUCAUGAAGAGACACAGAUCUUUCAGUCCAGUUUUGAAAGUGAGAGUGGAGGGGACUCAGGCAGUGAAAGUGAAUGUCACAGAUCUGACUCAGCUAGCAUACACCGGUACAAACCUUCAUUCAAGAAGAAGCAAAAUGAUCAGAGAAAGCAGAGAGGUGAGAAUGAGAAAGUGCAUGACGAGGAAGAGGGAGAAGAGGAUGAGGGGAAACUUCAUGACAUCAUCCAGACUUCCAAAGAGAAAUCUCAGCACAGGAUGCCUAGCAAUGGUAUUCCUCGUUCAGUUCUAAAGGACUGGAGGAAGGUGAGAAAGCUGAAGCAGAGUGGUGAGGCCUUCUUGCAGGAUGACUCAUGUGCAGAGAUUGGAGCAAACGUGCAAAAAUGCCGGGAAUGCCGAUUGGACCGCUCACGCAAGUCCCAAGAGCCUGUUUUUUCACCUGUCUUCUGUCGCUUCUACUACUUUCGCAGACUAUCAUACAGCAAGAACGGAGUAGUGCGUGUAGAUGGCUUCUCUGUUGUUGAGGACACUGAUGAAGAAGCAGUGCGGGUGUGGGUGGCAGGAUUUGAGGCUGAAGAGGACCACAAGCAAAAGGAGAUGGAGCUAGACACAGCCAAAUACAUUCUGACACUCAUAGGAGACAAGUUUUGUCAACUUAUCAAGACAGAAAUCACUGCUGUCACAUGGGUUAAGAAAGACAGUGAGUGUGUCUAUGUGCAUAUGAACAUAUUCCAGGUGAUGUGGAAACGAGCGGUAAGAGGUGUGAGAGAGAUGUGUGACGCAUGUGAGGCCACUCUGUUUAAUAUACAUUGGGCCUGUCACAAAUGUGGCUUUGUGGUGUGCAUGGACUGCUACAAAGCCCGUGAGAGGAAGAGUGCCAAAGAUAAAGAGCUGUAUGCCUGGGUCAGAUGUGUGAAAAACCAGCCACAUGACCUAAAGAACCUAAUGCCUACUCAGAUAGUCCCAGAGAGAGUGUUAGCAGAUCUGCAGAGCACAAUGCAUUCUAUAAGGAGAGAAUACGGCAUUCCCUCUCAGUGCUCUUGUUUUGGAAGCAGUGCCUUCCUUUCCAGAUCCACCAUCUCUAACGGCCUCUUGCAGCUUUCUGAGAGAACACAAUGCGACUUGAAAAGCCAGCAGCAAAAUCAGCAGAAGACCACACAGAACACUGCUCACAAGAUCUCCACAGAGAGAAAAGCUGGAAAACUGCGGCUGGGAUCCACUGGGCCUGGAAUAGUCUUUGCACCAGUUUAUAGCAGCAUUGAACAGACUGCUCAGAAAACUCGCAUGCCCAACCUUCUGGAUGACAUUAUUGCCUCAGUAGUAGAGAACAAAAUUCCUGCCUCAAAGAUGACUAAACUUGAGUUGAAUCAGGAUUUGCUGACAGAGAAGGCAGAAGAGCUGGUGCUAAAGGAGGAGAAGCCUAUUCGAAUCCCACUGGCUGACCCACAUACCAGUGUUCCACAUGAUUGGAUAGGCAGACACCGGUUGCUUUGGCUUAAAGAUUACCAUCACCAAGGCAACCAGAGAUUGUUCAAAGAGAACUGGACACAGGAGCAGCCAGUGCUGGUCUCUGGCCUGCACAAGAGUUUGAAUGCCAGUUUGUGGAAGCCAGAGCACUUUAGCAGAGAAUUCUCAGCACUCCAUAGUGAUUUCUAUAAUUGUCGUGAUGGGAGCAUCAUAAACACCUGCGUCAAGGAAUUUUGGGAUGGAUUUGAGGAUGUGUCAAAGAGAACUAAUUCUGCUAAAGGUGAGCCUGCAGUAUACAGACUGAAGGACUGGCCAUCUGGGGAAGAGUUUCUGGCACUCAUGCCAUCCAGGCAUGAAGAUGUUAUGAGGUUGUUGCCAGUCCCAGAAUACACUGGACCAGAUGGCACCCUUAACUUGGCCUCCCGCCUUCCUUCAUUCUUUAUCCGGCCAGACCUGGGUCCUCGACUCUGCUGCGCACAUGGUGUGACAGCAUGCCCAGAGCAGGACUUUGGGACCAGCAAUCUUCAUGUUGAAAUCUCAGACACUAUGAGUGUUCUGGUCUACGUGGGUGUAGCCAAGGGCAAUGGAGCUCUCUCCAAGUCAGGGCUUUUGAAGCUCUUAGAGAAACAGGAUCUGGAUGAGAGUGCAAACAAGAGGUUGAGAGAUCCCAAUGAAACUCCAGGUGCACUGUGGCACAUCUACCUAAGUAAAGAUCUCCAUAAGAUCCAAGAAUUCCUCCAAACGGUAGCAAUGGAGCGUGCUGAGGCAGAUGCAGAGGCUGACUCUGAGGCUGAAUGGGAAAGUGAGGCAGACCCCCUUCGUGAGGGAAGCUGGUACCUAAGCCCAAAGCUGCGACAGAGGCUGCUGGACGAACACGGUGUGGAGAGUCGCACACUGUUGCAGUUCCACGGAGACACUGUGAUUAUCCCUGCCGGAGCCCUGCACCAGGUGAUGAAUUUGCACAGUUGCAUUCAGGUUAACGUGGACUUUGUGUCCCCUGAACAUGCCCAUAAUUCGUACUACCUGACUCAGGAGCUCCGUCCUCUUAAAGACCAAGUUAAUUAUGAAGACAAGUUACAGGUGAAGAACAUCUUCUACCACUCGGUGAAGGACGCUGUGGCUGCUCUGAGCCGGUACUUGAAAGAGCAGAGCGCAAAAGAGGUGAAGGAGGAAGAAUGCUGACGGCAUUCAUGCUCACUCUGUGAGCAUUGCGCCAGGUGCAGACAAUAUCCAGUUCCUUCAGAAGCAAAAUACUUUUCUGAGAACUUCUGAGACGUCUGGAGUUGCACAUUUCACAUCAAUGACCAUAAACACUAUUUUGCUUCAAUGCAAGGACCCAUCACUUUCCUCAUGAUGUCACCAUAUUCUGUUUGAUUAUUGUUACUAUAUCUUCUCCAGAGCUCAGCCCCACCCCAAUAUCUUCCUGCUUGGCCUGGAAGUGAGGUGAGAGGCUGAGACAUGUCUGAACAGUGGAACAGAGGAAGAUGAUCUCUAUCUACUGAGCAGGUAGCUGCAGUUGCUAAGGAGGUAGAGAGAUGAACUGCUAAGCACAGCACUUUUGAGCUCUCACAUGCUAUAGGCUGUGGAUAACCCAUGCAAAAGAACAACCACAAAAGCAUUUUUCUUCUGACGAAUGAUGCUCUGAGGCUUAUUUUUAAAUCAGUAGUUAUUGUGCUGCUAACUGUUAGCUACACUGUCUGCUGAGGUACAGACCAUCGGAAGAGCAGCUAGGCUAACACAGCCAUAGCAGCAUUCCUUUACAUGUCUGCCAACUCCAAGCUGUUUGCUUUUAUUGUUUAUGUUUAAAGGUGAUAUUAAAUUAUUAACAGUUUGGCUGGUAUUCACUGUGCAGAAGGAGAAUAUAAAGGAAUUUGCAGUAUAUCGUGUUUGUUUAAAAAAAGUUUCUUGUGAAAUUUUCAGCUGAAAUAUAAUAUGUAAAUAGCAGAAUAUACAUAUAUAAUAUAUUAAUUAUGAUUUUUCUAUAACAUGGUGUGCUUUAUUUGCUGUAUGUGUUGUUUGCUACUGUAUGUACAUUGAAGCUAAGAGAUGUUUUACAUUUUCCAUUAAAAAUGGAAUCAAUCAAGAACGGGUAUUUUGUGCCGAUUUUGUGUGUAAAAUAAUACCUCAGCACGCACUUUAAAAUAAAAUUUAUUUUUGACAAUUUUAAUUUUAACAAAUUUAAACCUUAACAUUUUUAGAAUGAAAACUAUGGUGUUUUAAUUUAGUUACUGUAAAUAGAAAUAUGCAUUUUCAUCAGGUUAAUAUAGUCAUCAUUUAAAUUGCUGCUAAAUGUAUUGAUUGCUGUAUACUGUAUGUGUUUAGUACCAGCUGGUUCUGGAAACCCCCAGGAUUUUGUGGAGUCUUUGUGCUAAAAUGUGAAUACAGCCCAUAGACCUCAAUGUUCAUACGUGUGAAUGGUUUGAAUUCAAACCCCAAAUAAAACUAUAAUUAAUGUCAACUUCAAACUCAUGACAGUUUAUUUAAAAAUGUGCAAUAAACUGGCCAGAUAUUAUUCAAAUGAU